UUAUUAUAUUGAUGGAGAGAAUAAAAAAGAGAGUGAAAGGUGGAAAGGAAUAACUAAGGAUGAUGCAGAGCAAAAGGGUAGUGUGGUGGUUCCUCAGAAAGGCAAGGCUCAGCCUUAACGCACACAGAAACCUCUCUGCUUCUCAACAUGUCAUUCUCGAUAACCACGAUCACAGUCAGGUUUUGGUCGAAGGAAGUGGUUCCUCCAGAAUGGCAAUUCUCAAUAGACCCUCUGCUCUUAAUGCUCUCAACACCUCUAUGGCGGUUAGACUGCAUAAACUUUAUAGGAGUUGGGAAGACAACCCUGAUAUUGGUUUUGUGAUGGUGAAGGGCAGUGGCCGGGCAUUUGCAGCUGGCGGAGAUAUUGUUGCCCUUUACCAUUUGAUAGACAAAGGGAACAUGGAAGCCUGUAAAGAAUUUUUUAGAACAAUAUAUAGUUUUAUAUACCUGAUAGGUACAUAUUUGAAGCCAAAUGUGGCUCUUCUGAAUGGCAUUACCAUGGGUGGUGGGGCAGGAAUUUCAAUCCCAGGGACUUUCCGGGUUGCAACAGACAAAACUAUUUUUGCUACUCCUGAAGUUCAUAUUGGAUUCCACCCUGAUGCUGCAGCAUCCUUUUACCUUUCACAUUUACCUGGUCACUUAGGAGAAUACUUGGCUCUAACAGGGGAAAAGCUCAAUGGAGUAGAGAUGGUUACCUGUGGGCUUGCUACACACUAUACACUAUGUGCAAGGCUUCCAUUAAUUGAAGAACAGCUGGGAAAAUUGGUAACUGAUGAUCCAUCCGUCAUUGAAACCACUUUAGAACAGUAUGGUGACCCUGUACACCCAGAUAACAAUAGUGUGCUACAAAGGAUUGAAACUCUAAAUAAAUGCUUUUGCCAUGACACAGUUGAAGAAAUUGUUGAUGCUUUGGAAAAUGCGGCAAGUAAAACAAAUGAUGCUUGGUGUAUUUCUACCCUAGAUAGGCUAAAAGAAGCUUCUCCAUUGAGCUUGAAGGUGUCCUUAAGAUCUAUACGAGAGGGUAGAUUUCAGACCCUUGAUCAGUGCCUUAUGCGUGAGUACCGUAUGACUUUACAAGCAAUAUCUAAGCAUAUAUCUGGGGACUUCUGUGAGGGAGUGAGGGCACGCGUGGUGGACAAGGACUUAACUCCAAAGUGGUAUCCUCCAACCUUGGAAAAGGUGUCUCAAGAUAUGGUGGAUCAGUACUUCUUACCUCUGAGUGAAGUGGAACCUGAUCUAGAGCUUCCUACAAAAAGUCGUGAAGCGUUUUUAUAGUUUCCCUAGGACAACUACAUAUACACCAUUGAAUUUGAUAUUUUGCAGG